AUGACCUUCCCUCCCCCUCACCCUUCUGCCCAAUCAUCGAUUGCUUCUGGCACCGAUAAAUCUUCAUCGACCAAGACUGAGAUUGGUGCCUGGGGUCGGUCCGCGUCGCAGUCCGGAAUUCGUCGUGGGUUGACUCCUCUCGCGACAAACCUCUCCUCCGCCACCGCUCCCUCUGCUUCUGCCCGGGGCUUGGAUGCAGGCCCUGGGGUCUCUACACAAUCAUCUUUCUCUGCCGUUCUGAGUUCUACCAGGGGUCUCUCUGGCGGUAGCCCCAAGCCUGUAACCUCGCCAUUCACUUCACUACAGACUGGCUCGCAACAGCAAGCUCAGUCGCUUUCUUCACCCAAGUUUCGAUCACACACCCCAUCCGCUGGGUCUUAUUUCGCCUCAGCAACAGGUUCCGUCACGGGUGCUGGAGGCUCAGGGGGAGGCGGAGGGCCGGGUUCUUCCAGAGGUGUAGCCUUUUCACCACUGUCGUCCGGCACAACCGUGAAUUCACCCACGGGCUUUGCUUCAGACAAGCCCGGAUCGGCAGCUGCCCACUCGAGCCAAUCGUCGCUCACGAAGAUCUCAAUUGCACAAGUCUUCCUCCUAUUAGACUCGAUUACAGAGAAGGAAGGAAAAGAAAAGUGGGAGACAAAGGCUGCUCAGAUCCAUAAGCUUGUGACAUCAAACGGCAUGGAGGUCUUUUCAAAGUACUUCCGUCGCCUUCUCACUGGCAAUGCGCCCCAGAUUUUUCCUGGGGUGAACAAGUCUGUCGAAAAUGCGGGCAACUACACCCUUCUCGUGCAGGAAAUGACAAAAGUUUCCUCGGAUAUCGAACAUGCCCAGAAGAUUGCAGAGACAGUAGAUACGUCCGAAGGUGACAUAUUUCGGGAUUUCGAUCUCUCCACUUUCUUGGAUCACUUCCGUUUGGAUCCCAUUGUGAAGGUUUCUCUCGCUUUGGCGUUCAAAAUGUCAACCAAAUCCGAUCUUCGUGCCAAGGCCGAUGCUAUCCUCUCCAACUCUCUUAAUCCCUUCCUCCAUAGCCUAUCGGCCGCCACCGAAGCACACAAGGAUUUCAACGACGCCUUCCUUGGCAUGACAAUCGAACGAUUCAUCCUCUACCCUCCCCGCAGUUUCACCGACGAUGUUAAGGCUAAGCUGGUCUACGCAACUAAUAUGCGAUACCAGAAGGUGGGCAUGGAGAUGCCAUCCCAAGUCUCCUCUGCCUUGCAAAUGUUCAACUUUGUGAACCCUCGGUAUACCCUUGUUCGCCAGCUCCACUCCAAAGGACCCCGUGCAACGGCCAAUGUCGAGGCACUCACUGAGAUGAUCAAUGGGGCGGGCCCGGAUAGCUGGUCCGAAGAGACUUUUGCCAGUGCCCUUCUCUUCAUGGCUCUCUCUCAGUACCACCUUCAGUUUUCUUUGGACAUUCUUAUCAGUGCCUAUGCCGACAAGCAACUCAACUGGGCUCUCGUGUUUCGGCAAUUUGACCGAGACGGCCUUAGAGUGAACCACGUUCAGUUCGGCAAGCUGUAUGCUGCGCUUUCUGCAGCUGCAUUUGAUGAUCCCUCCCUGGACAUGCAGAAGCUGUGGGGUGGGAAAUGGGACAACCAGGAAACCCAGAUCUCAUUCUUAACAGGCUUGGUAGCAUCUCAAGUCGAUCCCUCACAGAUUCGCGACUUCCGUGCGACAUUCCCUCCCGACUUCUUUGACGAUGCACCUGAGAUGAUUAAGCUGCUGGGAGAGCGUGCAGCCAAAUCUCCUCUUCGUUCCACGGAUGCGAUUAAAGCGGUCUUCGACUUGGCGCUAUUGGACCAGGUCCACUGGGGCACGAAAGAAAGCCAGCACCUGAUCAAGACUGUCGUGCAGUUCGACCUCCCUGUGUUCCUUAUCUCCGCGUUGGCUAUCCCCCAGCCUUGGUCGAAUGUUCAACAGAGCUUUGUUCUCCGGACUUUCGUCGUGUUUAUAUCAAAACAAGAAGAUGGCUUCCAGCUGGCUCUCCACGGAGCUUGGCGUCAAGAUCGGCAGUGGGUUUCCGAGCAACUGUUUGCAGCUUUUAGCCAAGACCCCACUUCUACUGCAAUGAUCUAUGAGCACGCCGCGAGCUUUGGCUGGCUUGAGUAUCUGCUUGGCUUCACCAAUGGGCUUGCACUGGAUCUUGCUUGUUACUCUGACCGCAGGGGCUCGUUUGAUCUCGGCCAAUGGAUUCGCAGUACCGCACAGAAGGGCCAAGUUGACAUGGGCAGCCUUUUGUCAAAGUUCUUGAGAAUCAAGGCUGAGGAUGAGCUUCAUGUACAGCGAAAGGAGCAGCCAACCCCGCAAAUGGUCAGCCUUUCGGUCAAGACUGUUUACACCCUUCUUACCGUGUUGGAAGAAUUCGUCGGGGACCGUGAGAACCUUACCCCAGUUCAACGUAUUUGCAUCCAGACCUACCCUCGAUUGAUCAACUAUGGUGAAGGGUUCGAUGAAAUAAUCAAUGCCAAUGGCGAAAAUGGCAACACCUUGCCUGAAGCUAUUGAUAAGCAGAUGCAGGCAUUGUUUGGCAAAAUGUACCACGAUGAGCUUUCGCUCAGAGAGAUGCUGGAGCUUAUGCGGCAGUACAAGUCAUCGCCCAAGCCCGAGGAGCAAGAGCUCUUUGCUUGUAUGGUGCAUGGUCUCAUCGAUGAAUACCAUUGCUACCAUGAAUACCCACUGGAUGCCCUGACAAAGACAGCAGUAAUGUUUGGUGGCAUCAUUAACUUCCGAUUGGUUGAUGGAAUCACCCUCAAGGUUGGCCUUGGCAUGAUUCUGGAGGCUGUCAGGGAGCAUGAAGUCCACAACCCGAUGUUCAAGUUCGGCGUAGAGGCAAUUGAACAGCUUAUGGAUCGUCUCCCUGAAUGGGCAGGUUUCUGUCAUCUUCUGCUCCAAAUUCCGACCUUGCAAGGCACGCCGAUUUUCCAGAAAGCCGAAGAGGUUCUAAGGGCCCAGGGCAAGGAAAUCGCCGACGGAGAGGCUGAAAAGUGGAACAUCCGCCCCUCUCCCUUGCUGAAUGGUGAUAACGAUGAUCGCUCUGUGGAUGGCAGUUCCUUCAAAUUCCGAUCUGUUUCAGUGGACUCACCGUUGCGGUCAGAGCUUUAUCAGGAUCCAAACGAAGACACCCAGGACAAGAUUUUGUUUGUAUUAAACAAUGUCUCUGAACAAAACAUCGAGGAGAAGCUACGUGAUCUACGUGAGGUCUUGACUGAACAGCACCAUCAAUGGUUUGCAGCUUAUCUGGUAGAAGAACGCGCCAAAUUGCAGCCAAACUUCCAGAAACUCUACCUUGACCUUCUUGACCGGAUUGGAGAUAGAAUCCUCUGGGCUGAGGUCUUGCGAGAGACCUACGUGAGUGUCUCUAAGCUGUUGAACUCCGACGCCACCGUUAGCUCCUCCACUGAACGAGGCCAUCUCAAAAAUCUCGCUGCCUGGCUUGGUGCAUUGACCAUCGCCAAAGACAAGCCAAUCAAGCACAAGAACAUCUACUUCAAGGGGAUGCUCAUGGAAGGUUAUGAUUCCAGCCGCCUUGGGGUCGCAAUUCCAUUCACUUGCAAGGUUCUUGUUCAGGCAGCCAAAUCUACAGUAUUCAAGCCCCCCAACCCAUGGUUGAUGGACAUCCUGGGCCUUUUGCUGGAACUUUACCACUUUGCCGAAUUGAAAUUGAACAAUAAGUUCGAAAUUGAGGUUUUGUGUAAAGAAAUUGCCCUUGACCACAAGACAGUUGAGCCCUCUACCUCCCUCAGGGAACGCAUUUCCCGAGGCGAAGAAGUCUUGCCAGUACCUUCAAACAUUCCAGAGGGACUCGAAGCGUUCGAAGACAUGGGUCUCAGCUCCAUCAAUCAGGGCAUCCGCAAUGAGCGGCUGUCGCCUGCUGCUAUCUUGUCGAAUCUGCCAAGCCUUGACAAGAUUCUUGUUCUACCCCCGUCGGCGAGUGGCAUGGUAGACCCCAUCAUUCUAAGAACCAUUGUCACAUCUGCAGUAGAGCGUGCUAUUGCGGAAAUUAUUACCCCCGUUGUGGAGCGUUCGGUAACCAUCGCAUCUAUUUCUACUGUACAACUUGUCUCGAAGGACUUUGCCAUGGAGCCCGACGAGGAGAAGGUGCGCCAUGCCGCCGGGAUCAUGGCCCGACAGCUCGCCGGAAGCCUUGCCUUGGUCACCUGCAAAGAACCGUUGAAGGUCAGCAUGACCAAUUACAUUAGAAUGAUCCAACAAGAGGUAUCGGAUCAGCCCAUGCCCGAAGGCUUGAUUUUGAUGUGCGUCAAUGAUAACCUUGAUGCUGCUUGCGGCAUUGUCGAGAAGGCCGCUGAAGAAAAGUCACUUCCCGAAAUUGAGAAGAUGAUUGAACCUCAGCUGGAAGCACGUCGCCGUCACAUUACCAACCGGCCUAAUGAUGCUUUUAUCGAUCCUUCAAUGAACCGCUGGAGUUUCUACAUUCCAGAGCCUUAUCGUCAAACCCCCGGUGGUCUGAACAAGGACCAGCUGGCAAUUUAUGAAGAAUUUGCACGCCAAUCGCGAGGCACCGCAGCUGUUGUCCACCCCCCAGGCAUUUCAGCCGACGCAGGCCGUCAACUCCCCGACGUACUUCAAGAGUCGUAUCCGACUAUUCCAAACCUUUCCACCCCCGCCGAACAGCCCGCUGUUCCCCACCGGACACCCCAACCACAGGCUGUGUCACAGACCAGCGGUGCUCCUACCAAUGGUUACCUCGACCACGUAAACCCACGUGAGAAGGUUGAGUCUCUCAUUUCUGAACUUCAACUGGCUACUCGCGAGGCUUCAGAGGAACAUGUGAGGGAUCUUGGCAGAGAUAGCGCUGUGCUCCAAGAGUACAACACGGCUUUGCGCACUAUCUUGGCCUCGCCCAAUGGUGAAGAGCUGGCACGACUGACCUCUCUGAAGGUCUGUACCACUCUUUACUCGCAAGCAUCUUCCACCCUCGAACUUGAAGUUCUUGUGCACCUCCUUGCUAAGCUUUGCGAUAUGUCCACGGUUAUUGCACGCUACACAUGGGCGCUUCUGGCGGAGAUUGAUGACGAGCACAUGUUCAAUGUGCCUGCCACUGUCUCUCUAAUCGAUGCUGGUCUUCUGGACAUUCGUCGUGUUGACAUGGUGCUGGCCCGCCUAAUUUCCCAGAAGGACGUCCGUGCAUUGGAACUGCUCGACGACUUGAUGAGCCGUGUUCUGCUCAACGAUGAACCCGCAGCUCUUAGAUCAGACUUCUCCGGCAGUCUCGAAGCAAUGAGCCAAUGGCUUGCCGAGGACCCCGGCCUGAUUCCCGCCCUGGAGAUCAUCCGCAAGCUGCGUGACUGUGGCAUUCCUGAAGUUGUCAACCCUCUACUCACUGACUCCGCCAGGUCUAAGCGAGACCAGAUGGAGUACAUUUUCAGCGAGUGGAUUGGAAUUUACAAGGCUACCGGUGCCACUGACAGAAUUUACCACUCCUUCCUCCAGGAUAUUCACAAUCGUCAAGUCAUGAACAACCCUGAAGAUUCAGCUUUGUUCUUCCGUCUUAGCAUUGAAAUCUCCGUGGGAAUGUACGAUCAUGAGUCUCAGAACCCCCACGGUAGCCUCGAUGAAGCUUUCCUCUACAUCGAUGCCCUCGCAAAGCUUGUCAUUCUUCUUGUCAAGUUCCAGGGCGAGCACGCCGGUGCUGUUAAGGCCAACAAGCCAGCUUACUUCAGCUCCAUUCUCUCUUCUCUGGUUCUCGUUCUUAACCACCACCAGGUCAUGCGAGGUGAGGCCUUUAACCAGCGCGUGUUCUUCCGUCUGUUCUCUACUCUCCUAUGUGAAUAUUCUCUGGCCGGCUUCCAACACCACGAAGAACACAAGGGCAUGAUCUUUGCUUUUGCCAACCGCCUGUUAUCUCUUCAGCCCAAAUACAUCCCAGGAUUUGUAUAUGGUUGGUUGGCUUUGGUCUCUCACCGCGUUUUCAUGUCAGACAUGCUCAACAUGCCGGACCGUGAAGGCUGGGCACCUUAUUGUGAGAUCAUGCAAGCCUUGCUUUCUUACAUCGGAGAGCAGCUUAAGGGUUCUGAGAUUACCUACGUCGCCAAAGACUUGUACAAGGGAGUGCUCCGCAUCUUAUUGAUCUUGCACCAUGACUUCCCGGAGUUUGUUGCUGAGAACCAUUUCCAAUUCUGCAAUGUGAUUCCAGCCCACUGUGCUCAGCUGCGCAAUCUCGUUCUUAGCGCCUACCCAUCGUCUUUCCAAAAGCUCCCGGAUCCUUUCCGCGAGGGUCUCAAAGUGGAACGUAUCGAGGAGAUGCGGGAAAUUCCCAAGAUCGCGGGCGAUGUUUCGGCACCUUUGGAACAAGCAAACAUUAAGGGCGUUGUCGACGCCAUUAUUCAAAGCGGAAAUGCCUCUGAGGCCAUCGUGCAGCAGCUUUGCGACGCUGUUACUAGCCCUGAAUCCACAGACACUGCUUUGAUGCAAGUGCCCAUCAACGUCGACGUUGUUCUUCUCAACGCGUUGGUCUUGUACAUUGGCCAGCAAGCUGCAGAGGAGCAAGCCUUGAAGAGCAACAUCCGUAGUGCCUUCGAAAACUCCGCCCACGCGGCCCUCCUCGAGAAACUUGCUGAAGCCAUGCAGCCCGAGGCUCGAUAUUACCUUUUAAGUGCGAUGGCAAAUCAGCUGCGAUACCCCAAUAGCCAUACGUACUUCUUCAGCUUCACCAUCCUGCGCCUGUUCGGUGUCGACUUUUCCGAGCAGGAUGACUCCGACAUUCGCCAGCAGAUCAUCCGCGUGCUUUUGGAACGCCUCAUCGUCCACCGACCCCACCCGUGGGGCUUGAUCAUAACUUUGCAGGAGCUGCUUCAAAACCGGAGCUAUUCCUUCUUCCGCCUUCCCUUUAUCCAGGCGGCCCCCGAGAUUGGUCGGCUUUUUGAUGCCCUCCUCCAACACAUCCAGCAGCAAAGCCCUCGUCCUUAA